AUGGGAAAAGAGAGAGAAACCGUUUCCCGCGCGCGCUCCCGAGCGGGGCGGGGCCUCUGCGCGCGCAGGCGGGCGCGUCACGUGACGGGGCGGCAGGAGCGUCCGAACGGCCGGGACGGGAUCGGGAUCAGGAUCGGCACCGGGAUCGGCACCGGGAUCGGCACCGGGAUCGGGAUCGGCACCGGGAUCGGGACCGGCACCGGGAUCGGGACCGGGAUCGGCAUCGGGAUCGGCACCGGGACCGGGAUCGGCACCGGGAUCGGGAUCGGCACCGGGAUCGGGACCGGCACCGGGAUCGGGACCGGGAUCGGCAUCGGGAUCGGCACCGGGACCGGGAUCGGCACCGGGAUCGGCACCGGGGUGAGACGGGCGGGGCCCGCCGGGCGGUCGCGGGGCUCCCCCGGGGCCUCCCCGGUGCCGGGAGCGGCCGGUCCAGCGCCGGCCCAGGGCGGGCUGAGGGGAGCGGGGCGGGAGCGGAGGGGCCGUGAGGGGAUCGAACAAAGGGCCGGGACCGGCUCGGCGGGGGGACACGGCGGGGACACCGGGGAGCCACAGACCGCGGGCUGGCACCGGGCAGGGGCCGCUGGCUGCGGGGGCGUCGGGAACCGUGGAGUCCCGGAAGGCUGUGUGGGGGUGAGUGGCGGGGUGGAGGGAGCGGGGACCCGCCGGUGCUGGGCCCGGCUCAGGCCCCUCCGUGCCGCAGGCUCCGGGCAGCUGCGGCUGGUGGGGGGCGGCGGGCGCUGUGCCGGACGCGUGGAGGUGAAUCACGACGGUGAGUGGGGCUCUGUCUGCAUCUACGACUUCGAAUCGGAAGCCCUCUGGGCCACCGUGGUGUGCCGGCAGCUGGGCUGUGGCCGCGUGGCCUGGUCGUCCCCAUACGCCCCGUUCGGGCAGGGCAGCGGCAGGAUCUGGCUCCAUCCUUUCUGCAGCGGCACCGAGGAGGUGCUGGAGGAGUGUCAGCACUUAGGAUGGGGCCAGCACUACUGCGGCCACGAGUGGGACGUGGGGGUGAUCUGCACAGGUGAGGGGGGCAGCUGGCCGUGCCGGGACACCCAUCUCGUGCCAGGGUGUGCCGGCAGGGCUGAGCUGUGCUGGUGUCCCAGUGCAGAGGCCGUGGAGCUGAGGCUGGUGGAUGGCGGCGGUCCCUGCACCGGGAGGGUGGAGGUGAAGCUGCGAGCACACUGGGGCUCGGUGGCAGAUGACAACUGGGACAUGGAGGACGCCGAGGUGGUGUGCCAGCAGCUGGGCUGUGGCUCGGCUGCCGGCGCCUACUUCGCCCACGACCGCUUUGGCACAGGGACCGGGCCCGUCAACCUGGCUGUGGUGGACUGCAAGGGGGACGAGGCCACACUCUGGGACUGCAAGAUCCGUGGCUGGGGACCCUACAACGGUACCCAUGAUUUCGACACCGCCGUGAUCUGCCAAGGGUUUUCCUGGCUGGUCGGAGGUGACAGAGCCUGUGCCGGGCGGUUGGAGGUGCGGCAGCGCCAGACCUGGGUUGGCGUCUGCGCGGAGCACGUGGACAUGAAGGUGGCCCAGGUGGUGUGCCGGGAGCUGGGCUGCGGCACAGCGCUGGCCAUCCCCGGCAGCGGCCGGUUUGGGGCAGGAACGGGGCCGCUGUGGGAGGGGGGGUUCAACUGCACCGGCAGCGAGCCCCUCCUCAGCGCCUGCGCCCGGCGGGUGCCCCACAGCCAGGGCUGCGCUGGCCACGCCACCAUCAUCUGCUCCCCCUACACGGGCUUCCGGCUGGGGAACAGCAGCUCGGGCUGUGCCGGGCGGGUGGAGGUGGCGGUGAGGGGCACGUGGGGGUCCGUCUGCGCCACCGACUGGGACCUGCCCAAUGCCGACGUCCUGUGCCGCCACCUGGGCUGUGGCCACGCCGUCACCGUGCCCCCGGGAGGCUCCUUCGGCAGCGGGGACGGGCCGCUGAGGCCGGACGCCUUCGGCUGCAGCGGGAGCGAGCGGCACCCGGGCGAGUGCCCCGUGGCGGUGCUGGGGGAGCCCCCCUGCUCCCCGGGGAACGCCGCCGCCGUCAACUGCUCAGGCACCAUCAAUUCCGUGCGGCUGGUAGAGGGUGAGAGCCGGUGUGACGGGCGGCUGGAGGAGGCCAUAACCACCCCAGCCUGGCGCCGUGUGCCUGUGGAGCAGUGGAAGAGAUGGGAUGUCGACAUGGUGUGUGCUGUGCUGGGUUGUGGCCUGCCAAAGGAGAUCUACACAGCCUUGGGUACGGCACCCACUGCACUGACCAGCAGCUCCAGGGAAGUGGAUACGGAGGACAUGCCAGAGGAGAUCUCUGAUGUCUCAGAGAUGGGCCCUGCACCAACCAGCAGCCCUGAGGAGAUGGUCAUCGUCUGCUCAGGCAGCCGGCGGGUGAGGCUGGCGGGCGGUGCCGGGCGCUGCGCCGGGCGGGUGGAGGUCUUUGCCGGUGGCACCUGGAGCAGCGUGUGCCAGGAGCGCUGGGACCUGCGGGCCGCCGCCGUUGUGUGCCGGGAGCUGGGCUGUGGCGCGGCACUGGAGGCCCCCGGCUCGGCGCGCUUCGGCCCCGGGCCGGGGACAGCGUGGCCGUACGUGGUUGAGUGCGCCGGGAGCGAGGAGUCUCUCUGGGAAUGCCCACGCUCGGAAGGGCGCGAGUGCGAGCGCGGGGCCGGGGCCGGGGCCGUCUGCUCAGAGCAGCUCUCCCUGCGGCUGGCGGGCGGGCGCGGGCGCUGCAGCGGGUACCUGGAGCUGCUCCACAACGGCACCUGGGGCCGCGUGUGCGCCACCGGCACCAGCCCCGGCACCGCCGCCGCCGUCUGCCGGCAGCUGGGCUGUGGGGACGGGGGGCAGCUGGCACCCGCCUCCGCCCAGCAGCCGGCCCCCGCCUGGCUGGCCUGGGUGGGCUGCGAGGAGGGAGCCCGCUCGCUCUGGGGGUGCCCCUCGGCACCCUGGCACCUGCAUUCCUGCGGGCCCGGAGGGGACGCCCACGUGGCUUGUGCGGAGGACAACCCCAGCGAGACAGCCAGCACCCCGUGCCCGGACGGGGCCCCCUGCACAGCUGUCCCCAGCAGCAGCGGCCCUGCGGUGGCCAGGGGGACUGUGCCGGUGCCAAGCGGGCAGGUGGCCAGGGGGACUGUGCCGGUGGCGGUGGUGCUGUGCGUGGUCCUGGGGACGCUGCUGUGCCUGGCCCUGGGCGCCCUGGCCGUGCUGAUGUGCCGUGCCCGCGCUUGGCGCCGAGGGCCCGGCAGAGCCGUGGGUGCCAUCCCCGACGCCAUCUACGAGGAGCUGGACUACAGCGCGAUGCCGGAGUACCAGGAGGUGCCCAGUCGCCCAGGUUCCCCGCGGGAGGGCUCAGUGAAGAAGCUGCUGUAUUACACCGGGGACAGCGUGGAGGGGAGUGACAUCGGGGCAGCCCCAGAUGGCUACGAUGAUGCCAUGGCUGGAAUCCUGGAUGGCCACAAUGAUGCCACAGCUGGAACCCUGGAUGGCUACGACAAUGCCACGGCCGUGCCAGAGGAGUCCCCCACUCCCAGCACUGGGGACAUCUCCGAGGGAGUGGCACAGAGGGGCUGGAUCUGUGUCCCACCCACAGGUGGGAGCUGCCCCACUCCAAGUCCCCCCGGAGCCACAGGGGACCCCCCGGGACAGCCCCCGGGGCACAUGGACUGUGAUGAUGUCGGCACCGGCGCCCUGAGGACGUCGCAGUGA